AUGGAGCGUCUUCAGAGUCUGGAGGAUCAGCUCAGGUGUCCCGUCUGUCUGGAUGUAUUCACUGAACCUCUGUUGUUACAGUGUGGACACUCCUACUGCCGGUGUUGUGUGCGCUCCAUGACGAUGGACUUGCUCGGUCAGCUGCAGUGUCCUGUGUGUCGCUGCUCUGUGGACGGAGACAGUCCCCCUCCCAAUGUCAGUCUGGCUAGAAUCAUUGAGGCUCUGCAGGAAGUGAGUGUUUCAGGUGGAGCCCAGCAGGAGUUGUGUCCUCAGCAUCACAACCCGCUCAGCCUGUACUGUGAGGACGAGCGCUCAGUGAUUUGUGGCCUUUGUGGAAGCAUCGGUGCUCACCGUGGGCACAAAAUCACCCCUUUGACCUCUGUCUACAGCCGCAUGAAGGAGGACAUUUCCUGUCUGAUGACUGAGUUCCAGCAUCAGAAACGUAAACUUGAGGAUCAGAUCUGUAAAAUGGCAUAUAACAAGUCCAGGAUCACAAAUGAGUCUGAUGUGCUGAAGUGGGUGGUCAGGAAGGAGUUUGGUGAACUGCGGCGUUGCCUGGAGGUGGAGGAAGCGGGAUUCAUGCAGCAGGUGGAGACGUCAGCUGCAAUCCUCAUCUCUUCCCUCCAGAACCAGACGGAUCAGUUAAACCUGAACCUGAGCCAGCUGCAGGAGGCAGAGAACACCCUGCAGGAUCUGAGCAAUGAGGGACACCUGGACUUCAUAGUGAAAUAUGGAUCCAUUGCUCCAAGGUUCAGAGAAAUUCAAAAGCUCCAGAAAAAGAAGGAGAGGGUUUUCAGCUCUCUGAACUUUAAGACAGAUUUCAAUCACAACGACAUUAAACUCAUCGUGUGGAAGAGACUGCAGAGAAAAGUCCAGCCAGCUCCGGAGCUGCUGAGGCUGGAUCCUCAGACUGCUCACCCCAUGUUGGAGCUCCAUAAUGGGGCCACAGCGGUGAGCUGUGGGGUUCUGCUGCGGAGGCUUCCUGAUAAUCCGGAGAGGUUCAGUUACAGUUACUGUGUCCUCGCCAAUCCAGGCUUCUCCUCAGGGAAACACUACUGGGAGGUGGAAGUUGCAAACAAACCUAAAUGGCGUCUUGGUUUGAUCAAAGGAACGGCCAAUCGUAAAACCAAGCUGGGAAAGAGUCCAGAGAGUGGGGUGUGGCUGAUUGGGCUGAAGGAUGGGGUGUAUGAAGCCUUCACUUCACCCAGGGUCGUCCUCCCGCUCUCGUCCCCGCCCCGCCGGCUGGGCCUCUUUCUGGACUACGAAGGAAGGGUUCUGACUUUCUAUAACAGCGACAGUCCUGACGAGCUCGGUUUCAUCUACAGCUUCAGGCUUGAGGUCCAGGGGAAAGUGUACCCCCUGCUGGAUGUUUGUUGGCACGACAGAGGACACAACAAACAACCCCUGGUCCUCCCGCAGCCUCACAGGGAGCACCUCCUCCCUCCCCUGGUCUUCCCCCAGCCCCUCAGGGAGGACCUCCUUCUCCAGCCAAAGAAACACAAUGAUAAGUUAACCGCUUCGGAAACACCACAAGCUUAA